AUGCCUCCGCGAGGAUUCACCCUCCCUCCCGCCAAUACUCAAUCCGCGAAACAAGCCCGAAGCGCCUUCUUCUGCUCGCUAUGUCAAAAAGGCUACAGUCGCAUGAACGAAUUCGAGGCUCAUGAAUCCUCCUAUGAUCACCAACACAAGAAGAGGCUGAAGGAGAUGAAGGAAAUGCAGCGACAGGUACAGCCCAAGAAGGAAGAGAAAGGACCGUUGAUGCAGAUCAAACUCGGUGGUGGUCCUAAGAGCACGGCAACUAGUGGCGGAGGGUUCAAGAAAGGAGGAUUCAAAAACGCAUUUGCGCCUGCGGAUGAUGAGCCGAAGGCUAACGUCGAGAAGAAGGAGGAUGCAGAAAUCAUCGACGAGAAGCGCGAAGCCGAUGUGGAUGACAGUGACCUGACGGACGAUGAAGAUUACUACGAUCCUCGCAGGCCAACAGGAUGCAUGCCUGGUUGCAAAAGUCAUGUUUCUACCGGCUCUUGA